AUGGUCUUCUCUCCUUCUUCCGCAGGCAUCUACACGAGGGACGUGCUGGACCGGGAGACCCAGUCCAGCUACUGGCUGACCGUGUACGCCAAGGACUCCGGCGCCGUCCCGCUGUCGGCGCGACUGGAGGUCUACAUAGAGGUGGAGGACGAGAACGACAACUACCCGCUGACGUCUGAGCCGGUGUACCGGGCCGAGGUGUUGGAGAACUCCGCCUCGGGCACGCGGGUCACCAGGGUCACGGCCUCAGACCGGGAUGGAGCCGGCCCACUGCGCUACCGCAUAGCCGGCGGUAACCCGCAGAGUCUCUUCAGCAUGGACCCGGACACAGGCAUCAUCACCACCACCGAACGGACCCUGGACCGGGAGACCCGCGCCGCGUACACGCUGGAGGUGACGGUGUCGGACUGGGGAGCACCGGCCCUGACCUCCACGGCCCGGGUCAUGGUCACCGUGCUGGACGAGAACGACUCGCCCCCGGUGUUCUCUGAGCGGCUCUACCGGGUCCAGGUGCCGCUGGGACCGGCGCUCAGUCGGCCCAACGCCUCCAUCUUCCAGGUGAUUGCGCACGACGAGGACGCCGGCGUGAACGCCGAGCUGCGCUACUCGAUCGUGUCGACGGACGGCCUGCGUCUGACCAUCGAGCCGCGGCUGGGCCAGCUGCGGCUGCCGACGGACGGGGCGCCCAUCGCCGCCGGCAAACACCAGCUGACCGUGCGGGCGACGGACGGCGGCAAGCCGGUGCGCUCGUCGGUGGCGCGGGUGCUGCUCACCGUGCUGGAGGAGGGGCCGCCGCCGCCCCACCCGCCCCGGGUGGACCUGCCUGAACGGGCCGUCCAGGUGUUCGAGACGGACCCGGUCGGCCACCUCGUCAUCCUGGCCACUGCCAACGCCUCGCUGCUCUUCAGUAUCGCUGGCGGCAACACCGGAGGCAGCUUCAGCGUCAACAGCCAGGGCGGCAUCGUGAUCGCCCGCCCGCUGGACUGGGAGACAACGGCCGAGUACACGCUGAACGUGUCCGCCACGGACGGACACCACGUGGUCUUCACGCCGCUGCGGAUCACAGUGCUGGACGUGAACGACCGGGAUCCGGCGUUCGAGCGCGCCCUGUACGCCGUGAACGUGUCGGAGGCGGCCGAGCCGGGUGACCGGCUACUGACGGUGAGCGCCGCCGACCCGGACGGCGAGGCGCUGCUCUACUACGGACUGGAGGCGGCGCAGAGCGACCGCUCUCUCCGUCUGUUCAGCAUCGACCCCAUGACCGGCCAGGUCACCGUGGCCGGACGACUGGACAGGGAGACGGAGCACGAGCACGUGCUGACGGUGUCGGUGCGGGACCAGGGCACGCCGGCGCGCCGUGACUACGCCCGCCUGCUGGUGCACGUGCAGGACGAGAAUGACCACCGCCCGCAGUUCCUCAGCGACCUGGUGGUGGGCCAGGUGCACGAGACGGCGCCGGUCGGCUGGCAGGUGGUCACCGUGCUGGCCACCGACCGCGACCAUGGCCAGAACGCCCGCAUCACCUACUCCAUACUGUCAGGUAACGUGGACAACGCGUUCGCGGUGGACCCGGUGCUGGGCACCAUCUCGGUGGCCACCGGGCUGGACCAGCGGCGCGCCAGCGAGUACAUCCUAACGGUGCGCGCCAGCGACGCCGGCCGGCCGCCGCUGCACGGCGACGUCCACGUCAACGUGCUCGUCACGCUGCCCGACAACGCGCCGCCCCGCUUCGAGAAGGCAGAGUACGGCGCUGAGGUGGAGGAGGACAGGCCCCAGGGCUCCCACGUGCUGGACGUGGUGGCCCACUGCCGGACUUCAGUGACCUACCGUCUGGUGGGAGGCAAUGAGGACGGCUCGUUCCUGCUGAACCCUGGCGCCGGGGUGCUCACCGUCAGCGAGAGACUCGACUACGAGCGCCGCACCUGGUACAACCUGUCCAUACAAGCCGUCAGCAUGGUGGGCGAGGUGGCCCACACGAGCGUCAUCGUGCACGUGCUGGACGUAAACGACAACCGUCCGCGGCUGGCGCGGCCACGUUACGCCGGCCGGGUGCGCGAGUCGGCGCCGGUCGGCUCGGCCGUGCUGGCCGACGACGGCCGGCCGCUGGUGGUGGCCGCUGUUGACCUGGACGACAACAGCAACGGCCGGCUGCUGUUCAGCAUCGUGGAGACGGCCGCCCGCCAGUUCCUGCAGAUCGACCCCGACUCCGGUGCUCUGAGGACGGCCGGCGCGCUGGACCACGAGAGCCGGUCCCAGCUGGAGUUCACGGUGGACGUCUGGGACCGCGGUCAGCCCCGUCUGCAGGCGGCCAGGCCGGCCCGCGUCACCGUCGCCGUGCUCGACGUCAACGAUGAGCCGCCCCGCUUCGCGCACGCGCAGUACAACUUCACCGUGCUGACGCCCAGCUACGACGGCGUGGAGGUCGGCACCGUGCAGGCCUCCGACCCGGACACGCAGAACAUCAGCUACUCGCUGACGGGCGCCGACGCGGCGCUGUUCUCGCUGGCCGCCGACACGGGCUCGCUGCGCCUGCUGCGCGGUGAGACGGUGCCGCCGCUGGCCAACGUGACCGUGCACGCGUCGGACGGGCCGCACCGCGCCGCCGCCCUGGUGCUGGUGCGCAGCCGCCAGGUGGCCAGUCGUGGCCUGGUGUUCUCCAGCGACCAGUUCUACGGCACCGUGCGCGAGAACACGACUCGCGUCGACAUCGUGGCCUCGCUGUCCGUGCGGGGCAACCAGCUGAUGGAGCACCUCGCCUUCCGCAUCCUCAACCCCUCCGAGUACUUCAGCAUCAGCGAGACGGCUGGCGUGGUGCGCACCACGGGUGUGGCGCUGGACCGGGAGCAGCAGGAGCAGCACGUGCUGGCCGUAGAGGUGCGCAGCGACAGGGACGGCCGGGUGGCGCACACGCUGCUGCACGUGACCGUCAUGGACGACAACGACAACCGGCCCGUGUUCGUCAACCAGCCGUAUCACGCCGUCGUGCCCGUCGAGGCCACCGUCGGAGCUCCUGUCACCAAGGUGACGGCGAUCGACGCUGACCUGGGCGACAACGGCCGGGUGCACUAUGACCUGCUGCGGGGCAACGGUGACCUGUUCGCGGUGGACCUGCUGAGCGGGGCUGUGACGCUGCGCCGCUCGCCGCGCGGCCUCGACACCGCCUUCAGGCUGGUCGUCACUGCCUACGACGGAGGCUCGCCUCCCCUCUCCUCGGAGGCGGAGGUAUUGGUGACAACCGUGGACGGCAGUCAGCCCCGCUUCUCCCAGCCACACUACUGGGCCCGCGUGGCCGAGUCGGCCGAGCGGCGCACGCCCGUGCUGACGCUGGAGGCGGACGCCCCGUCCGCCUCCAGCCUGGUGUUCCAGCUCACAGAGCCGGCCGUCGACUCCAUGUUCGCCGUAGACUUCACCACCGGCGUUCUGUACGUGGCUGGUGAGCUGGACUACGAGACCCGGCCGCGCUACGAGCUGAUGGUGUCGGCCACGGACCGGGUCACGGGGUCAGUGACCUCUGUGCCGGUCACGGUGAACGUCACGGACGUCAACGACAACGCGCCUCAGUUCGAGCGGUCGGUUUACAACGUGACGGCCAGCGAGGCGGCCCACCCCGGCCUGAAGCUGCUGCACGUGAAGGUCACGGACCGGGACCAGGAGGACGACCAGCCGCUAAGCUUCCGUGUCCAGGAGGCGGACGGCUCGGAGAGCUUCCUGUUCCACAUGACGUCCGACGGCUCCCUGGCCGUCACCAGCUACCUGGACUUCGAGCAGCGGCCGCUGCACCAGCUGGUGAUGACCGUCUCCGACGACGGCUCGCCGCCGCUCACCGGCACCGCGCUGCUCACCGUCAACGUGGAGGACGUGAACGACAACGUGCCGGUGUUCGACCGAGCCAGCUACGCGUGCGAGCUGACGGAGCUGCCGUCGCGAGGACAGUUUGUCACCAUGGUGAAGGCGCACGACCCGGACCCCACCGACCAGCUCGUCUACCGCAUCGCUGACGGCAACGACCGCCAGCUGUUCUACAUCAACAGGCGCACAGGCGUCAUCACGGUGGCCAAUAUCCGGGCGUUCGACGAGUCGCCCCAGUACCAGCUGAACAUAACCGCCGCCGACGGUAUUCACCACACCUACGUGCCCCUGACGGUCCGACUGAUGCCCGCUAACAAGCAUGCGCCCGCAUUUGAAAAGGUCGCCUACGAGGUGGACCUGAGUGAAGACGUGGCCAGUGGCACUCCGGUGGCCCAGGUCAAGGCGUAUGACCCAGACAGGGGUCCCCUGGGUCAGGUGGUGUACAGCAUUCCCUCCGAUCGAUGGAGAGAAGUAUUCAGCAUCAACGCUUCAACCGGCGUGAUCAGCACCCGUCAGCGACUGGACCGUGAGACGGAGCCGGUGCUGGAGCUGCCCGUGUGGGCCACGGACGGUGGUCACCGGUCGGAUCACACCACAGUCAAGGUCCGGCUGUCGGACGUCAACGACAACGCGCCCCGCUUCCAGCUGGCUCAGUACCGGGCCGUCGUGGCGGCCAACCUCACGGCCGGAGACGUCGUCUGCAAGGUGACGGCGUACGACUCGGACGAAGGAGACAACGCCAGAAUCGCGUACAGCAUCUUCGAGACGGAGGUGUCGGACAUCAGGAAGGCCUUGGAUAUCGACUCGGAGACGGGAGAGAUCAUUCUGAUGCAGCAACCAAACCAGCUUGAGAGUCCGGUAUACCAGUUGUUCGUGCGGGCGACAGAUGGCGGCAGUGAGCGGCUGGUGGCCGACGUCCCGGUGGACGUGGUCGUGUUGCCAGACAGCGAGGGCAUGCCCGUGUUUGACCCGCUGCUGUCGGGGCCACAGGGCGUGUUUCUCACCGAGAGUGACCCAGUUGGUACCCGCAUCACGUCAGUCCGGGUCCGCGGCGGCGGUACGGUGACGUACUCGGUGGCCUCGAUCCACGAGAUGCCGUCAGCGGACAUGUUUGAAGUGGACGCGGACGGACAGCUGGUCCUGGCCAAGAGUCUCGACCGGGAGGCCGUGGACAGGUACAACAUCACGAUCGCAGCUCAGACCGAUUCUCUACCGCCGCUGGUCGCCUACUCCCACCUGAUGUUGUCUGUGAUGGACGACAACGACAACGAUCCCGUGUUUGACGCAGACGUGUACCGCGGUACCGUCAGAGAGGGUCUGCCGGCCGGUACCAGGGCUCUGCAGGUGUCGGCGGUCGACCCGGACGUGGGUGCCAACGGCCAGGUGCGCUACCAGCUGCACGCCGACUCUAGCCACCUGCACGCACUGCUGGCGGUGGACGAACGGUCUGGCUGGGUGACCACGCUGCGGCCGCUGGACCGCGAGACGACAGACACCUACCGGCUGAUGGUGGUGGCCGCCGACGGAGGGUCGCCUCGUCGCUCGUCCACGGCCAGUCUGGUGAUCUCGGUGGCCGACUACAACGACUCGCCGCCCGUGUUCGCUCAGCAGCGGUACGCGGCCGUCGUUAAUGAGGACGCCCUGCCGCGCACCUCCAUCAUGAGCCUGACGACCGAUGACGCCGACUUGCUCUCGGCGCCCGUCCACUUCUACAUCACCGACGGAGACCCGCACGCCCGCUUCGAGAUUGUGACGAGCGGCGCCAACAGCGGCGAGCUGUUCGUGCUAAACGCCUUGGACCGUGAGACCGUGCCCAGCUACGACCUGACGGUGACAGCCACCGACGGCUCUCUGGUGGCCACCACCCGGCUACACCUGGAUGUGCUCGACGCCAACGACAACCCACCCGUGUGUGAGGAGGAGGAGUACGCGGUCACGCUCAGCGAGGCGGCCCCUCCCCACCACGUGCUGACCGUCCGGGCUCAUGACCUGGACGACAGCAGGAACGGUCGGCUCCGGUACUACCUGACCGGCGGCGGCGCCGACGACUUCGCCAUCGACCCGGCUCUAGGUCACGUGCGCGUGUCGGGCUCGCUGGACCGCGAGUCCCGGCCCGUCUACCGCCUGACGGCGCACGUGCAGGACCGCGGCCGCGCCGAGUGGGAGUGCACCAGCGUGCUGACUGUCACACUGGAGGACGUCAACGACUGCGCGCCCAGCUUCGCCCCGCCCGUGCUGUCGCUGACGGUGCCCGAGGACACGGCCGUCGGCACCAUCCUGGGACGGCUGGACGUCCGUGAUGAUGACCUGGGCCUGUCGGCCGAACUGGAGUACAGUCUGGUGGAGGAGGACGACGACGAUGCCCGGCUGCUGCUGGACCCGAGGACGGGCGUGCUGACUCUGGGACGGCCGCUGGACCGGGAACAGCAGGCCAUGUUCAACAUCAGCGUGCGAGCCACGGAUGGCGGCACACCCCAGCUGUCCAGCACCGCCACAGUCAUACUGCUAGUGCAGGACGUGAACGACAACGCGCCCGAGUUUACCAAGAAGUUGUACCACGCGACGGCAUUGGAAAACACCACUGUUGGGACAGAGGUUCUCAAACUUCUGGCCACCUCGAGGGACUCUGGUGUCAAUGCCGAGAUCAGCUACAGCAUCAUUGGCGGCAACGAACACAACAUGUUCCAGAUCAACCCUAAAACAGGUAUUGUGUCGGUGAUGUCCGAGCUGGACUUUGAGCGAGCCAGAGAGUACAUGGUGACGGUGGAGGCCCGGGACGGCGGCAUUCCGCCGCUCAGCAACCACGCCACCGUCAACAUCACCGUGCUCGACUGCAACGACAACGCGCCGGUGUUCGGGCAGGAGGUGUACAGCGCUGUUAUCCGCGAGGAUGUGGCCACAGGAGAGCGCCUUCUGCAGGUGCACGCGGCUGACCUGGACUCGGGCGCCAACGCUCGGGUGCGUUACUCGGUGACCGGCGGUGACCAGCACAGCCAGUUUGCCAUGGACGCCGACUCGGGCUACCUCUAUGUCGCCACGCAGCUCGACAGAGAAAUGGUGUCCAGCUACAGUCUGGAUGUGACGGCGACGGAUGGCGGCGAUCCCUCGCUCAGCUCCUCCGCCCAGAUCAACGUCCACGUCAGCGACGCCAACGACAACCCGCCAGUCUUCUCUCAGUCUCGCUACAGCGCCAUUAUUCAGGAGGAUAAGCCUCCCGGCCACCCGAUGCUGCUGUUCUCUGUGACGGAUGCUGACGAGGAUCCGAACGCCGGCCCGUUCACGUUCGAGGUGGCCGAGGGCAAUGGCGGCAACUGGUUUGUGAUCACGGCCGGCGGACAGUUGCGCACGGCCGCCAAGUUUGACCACCGGCUGCGCAACUCGUACAAGCUGCUGGUGCGCGUCUACGACAACGGUGAUGACGUGCGCUUCUCCGAGACCUGGGUCGACGUCAAGAUAAUCGAGGAGCCGCAGUACCCGCCGGUGCUGAUCCCGCUGCACGUGUCGAUCCAGUCGUACCAGGACAGCUUCCCGGGCGCCGUGGUGGGUCGCGUGCACGCCUCCGACCAGGACCCGUACGACCGGCUGCAGUUCGGCCUGGUGGCCGGCCAGGCCGGCCUCGAGCGCCUGUUCGAGCUGGACCCGGACGACGGCUCGCUGGUGACGCUGGCCGGCAUUGACGCCGGACUGUACCGGCUGAACGUGUCCGUGACGGACGGCAAGUUCACCAGCCACACGGCCGUUACGGUGGACGUGAGCGAAAUCACGGACCAAAUGGCGCGUCACGCCGUCUCCGUGACGCUGGCCAGCCUCACGCCGCGGGCGUUCGUGCUGAGCUACAUGAAGCCGUUCCGGACGUGCUGA